AUGGCAUCUCAAGAUCAACCCGUGAUUGCGUUUAUUGGUGCUGGCAAUAUGGCCGAAGCUAUCCUAGGUGGUUUAUACGCCAAGCGAGCUACUUCACAACUGGGUUGUUUACGUUUCUCGGAACCUGUCAAGGAGCGUUGCGAAUACAUGUGCAACAAAUUCCCCAAAGCUGUCAGCUAUGGCUCUGACAAUAAUGCAUGCAUUGAAGGUGCUGAUGUUGUGGUGCUUGCUGUCAAACCCCAGGUGAUGCGUAAAGUGGUUCAAGCACUCCAAGUACAAGAUCCCAAUAUUCUCAUCAUUUCCAUUGCCGCUGGUAUCCGCACCUCUGAUAUCCAACGAUGGAUCAAUAGCAAGAACGCCUCCACCGCCGUUGUUCGAUGCAUGCCAAACACCCCUGCUCUUAUUGGCGAAGGUGCUGCAGGCCUUUAUGCAACCGAUGCCGUGAGCGAUUCACAACGCGCUACUGCCGAAGCGAUCCUAAAGUCGAUUGGAAAGGAAGUGGUUUGGGUUGAGGAGGAAAAACAUAUCGACACGGUCACUGGUAUCAGCGGUAGUGGACCCGCUUACUUUUUCUUAUUCAUGGAAGCGAUGAAGGCAGCUGGUGUCGAAUCUGGUUUAUCUCCCGAGGUAGCAGAAGCCCUUGUGAUGCAAACAUGUGUGGGUGCAGGACGUAUGGCACAAUUAUCCGAUGAUGAUUUGGCUACCCUGAGACAAAAAGUUACAUCUCCCAAUGGUACUACUGAAGCUGCAUUGAAGACUAUGGAAGCUGGUAAUAUUCGUCAAAUCAUUCGCGAUGGUGUGAUGGCUGCUGAAAACCGUGGACAUGAGCUUGCAAACGAAAUGGGAUCCGAUGACUAA